AUGGCGUUCAACGGUAACAUUCAUGAAGCAGAGUAUGUACCAAUUCCAGCUAGAGUGCGGUUACCCAUAAAUAGUACUUCGGAGUCGUCAGUGUCUACACCAGCACGAAUUCCGACACCUGUCAAAUCACCUAAUUUGACCGUUGCUAAUUUGAGCAGCGAUAACUCAACAAAUGUGCCUGUGGACAGAUUUCCUAAUUUAAUCCAUAAAUGGUCGCAUACUCACUCGAUUUUAUGUGUUGUUCCUUCUCCGAAACGUAAUUUGAUAUUCUGUGGGACACAGAAUUCGAAGAUUUUAGUCUUUGACAUAGUUAACUACAGUUUAAAGUACGAAAUCAAGUGUGGCAAUUCAGAUCAUUCAGCAUCAAUAUUAUGUUUAACGAUAGACGAAUCAGAGGACUAUUUAUUCAGUGCUGGGUCAGACUCGUUGAUUAAGGUGUGGGAUCUAUCCAUGGUUAAUGACAACACCAACUAUCCUAUACAUUGCACUCAUAUUAUUUACCUGCUUGUCGAUAUAGGUGACGUUUUUUCUAUAUGCUGGUCUGAUGCUUUAUCGACAUUAUUUAUUGGAGCCCAAAAUGCAUCUAUCUUAUGGUGUAAAUUAUAUUUAUAUUCCUCAACUAUUUCUGAUAGUCAGUCCACAAUCGAUAGAAUGCCGCAUUUUAGAUACGAUAAGUUUUUUGAUUCAAAGGGACCGGGUGGCUCAAUUAAUAAUUUGCAAUCAAAACACCAGAUUUUAAAGUCGACUUCUCUUGAGACAUCGAAUAGCGUAUCACCUAAAUUAAUUGAAGUUAACAAUGAUGAUAUUAUCAGAUUUGCUCAUAAUGGGUAUGUUUAUUGUAUGAAUUACUUUAAUGUUGAAGACACUUCAAAUGACUUCACUAAAAACUACCCAACACAGUUUGCGAAUUUAUUAAUUACCGGUGGAGGGGAUGGGCUAGUUAUUAUCUGGGGCGUUAGCUGUACUAAUAAAAAAGUAUCUCUUCAAAAGUUAAAAAUAUUAAAGAACAAUGAGUCAGUUUUAUCCAUGUCUAUUCAAGACUCUUACUUGUACGUUGGCUUAUCAGAACCAUGUAUCAAUGUUUGGGAUUUAAUGACAUUCCAAUUAAUUCGAUCAAUUCAUUUCUCCAAUUCUCAACAGGUCAAAAAUAAUUACGAUGAAGUCUUGAGUUUGGGGAUAUAUAAUGAUUGUAUUUUUAAAGCAUCAAAUUUAGGCGGAUUAAUAAAGUUUUCCUUGAAAACUGAUCCCCCAAACAUGGUUCCUAGCGACCAUGGAAAUCUUAAUCCGGAUAGAUCAUCGAUGGUGGUUAUUACCGAAGAAGACGAUAAGUAUAAUGCGGAAUUCAAUAAAUCCAGUGUUGAAAAUGGAAGUGUACUUGCUGUAAAAAUUUUUACUUCGACAACAGGUGUCACUUAUUUGGUUUCUGGAGGCCAUAAAGCACUUUGUCUUUGGGAUAUUACUAAUUUGGGAAGUACUAAUAGACAUCUUUCAGACGCCAACAGCUUAUCGUCUAAUUUGGUGGAUAACGAAAAUUUGUUAAAAUCUUUAAAGAGAUUUAUCUCAUACAAGACAAUUCUGAAAUUUCCUGCGUUAUACUUAGAAGAUUCUCGUCGUUGUUCUCAAUUUUUAACAAAUUUAUUAGUAAACUUAGGUGCAACUGUAACUAAAUUGUUACCAGUGCCUAAUAGUAAUCCUGUUGUUUAUUCAUGCUUCUCAAGCAAUUCUCCAGAUAGACCCAAACAAGCGAAGAGAAUUCUUUGGUAUGGGCAUUAUGAUGUUGUUGAUGCAACGGCUGAUUCAAACUCUUGGUCAACCGAUCCAUUUUGUCUCACUGCAAGAGAUGGUAAUUUGUAUGCUCGUGGGGUUUCUGAUAAUAAGGGUCCUAUUUUGGCUGCAAUAUAUGCGGUAUCAGAAUUAUUUCACAACAAGGAACUUAGUUGUGAUGUUGUAUUUAUAAUCGAGGGUGAGGAAGAAUGUGGUUCUAUUGGAUUUCAGGAUGUGAUUCACGAAAAUAAGGAAUUGAUUGGAGAUAUUGAUUGGAUUAUGUUAUCUAAUUCGUAUUGGCUUGACGAUGAAACGCCUUGCCUCAACUAUGGUUUGAGAGGAGUUAUCAAUGCAUCUAUCACAAUAAAUUCCGAUAAACCCGACAGACAUUCUGGUGUAGAUGGGGGCGUCCUGAAAGAGCCAACAAUGGACUUGAUUCAAAUCCUAGGUCAAUUAAUGAAUCCAUUUAAUAACAAUAUUAAGAUUCCUAACUUCUAUGACGAUGUGCUAUCAUUAACCGAUAGAGAAAUAGAAAUUUAUCAGAAGAUUGAGAACACAGCGUCUACGAAGAAUAUUAAGAAUCAAGAUUUUAAGUCUUUAAUGGCGAAGUGGAGAAACCCUUCAUUGACUAUUCAUAAUAUUCAAGUCUCAGGCCCAAAUAAUAAUACUGUCAUUCCUCAGCUGGCUAAAGCAUCUGUUUCAAUUCGUAUAGUUCCUAAUCAGGAUCUAGAAAAGAUUAAAAAACUGUUGAUUAAGACAUUAAAUGAUUCGUUUAACAAACUAGAAACUGAUAAUCAUUUACUAAUAAACAUUUUCCACGAAGCUGAACCCUGGCUUGGUGAUCCAUAUAACUUGGUGUAUAAAAUUCUUUAUGAUAAAAUUCGCUCGAAUUGGGGGCCAGAGGUUCCUGAACCAUUAUUUAUUCGUGAAGGAGGUACGAUUCCCUCGAUUAGGUUCCUAGAGAAGUGUUUCAAUGCAUGCGCUGCCCAAAUUCCAUGUGGACAAGCGAGUGAUAAUGCCCAUUUAAAAGAUGAAAAAUUGAGGAUUCUUAAUUUGUUCAAGUUGAGAGAUAUCUUGGCUGAUACAUUAAAAGAAUUAGGCAGUAAAUAG